GCUGCAGCGGCACAUGCUCAGUUAUGCUUGUUGAAGGAGAUCUCAGCAGGCUGUGCGUGAACACUGAGGUCAUCGCCUGCGCUGAGGAAAAAAUACUCCGCGCAGCCUCCAUUUUGAGUAGUAUGAAAUAGAGGAAAGCAUAGUUUUGAGCCGCCGCCGCCGCAAACAAACUGUAAACACUAGCGAAACAGCCUCUGCCAUGGACGACCUGUUCAGUCCGCGAAGCAAUGUAAUGAUUUAUGUGUAAAUAUAUGAGCUGGACGUCCAAGCCCCAGUUUAUAUAACCUUUGGAGGGAACGGAGCAGGCGGACGUUGAUUGGCUGGAUAUGCAACGUAGGCGGGAUUUGGAUUGAUCAUCACGACUGCUGAUAGGCAAAUCACAUUUUAUGAUUAACACUGAAAGGAGGCGAUUUAAAAGGGUGGAAAACAGAGACAUGAAACAACUCACGUGAUAUGGACUAAGUUUUUCAACUUAUAGUACAUUUAUACGUAUUUCUGUGACAGUAUAUUAUAGUAUGUUUCUUUUAAAUAUGGUGUUGGCAUUCAUGUAUUGCUUAUUAUAAGCGUAAUUUUUUAGUAUUUACCUGUGGAAUGUUGGCUUUACGUAUUGCUUCGGUCUUAAUAUUUAUGUAAUGAUUGAUUAAUGCACUUGGACAGCCAUAUUUCAAAAACUUAAUAAUAUUUUGUCAUUCAGGCAGCUGAACAGCACACAAGGAGAGAUUAGAGUGGGACCAAGUCAUCAGGCCAAGCUACCUGAAUUACAGCCACCACCUGCUCAUGGAACAGAGUCUGUCACAGAAAAUGAGGAGCUGGUGUGGGCACCUGGGGUCAAUGACUGUGACCUUCUCAUGUACCUACGUGCUGCCAGGAGCAUGGCAGCGUUUGCAGGGAUGUGUGAUGGAGGUUCAACAGAGGAUGGUUGUCUUGCAGCUUCACGGGAUGAUACCACAUUAAAUGCUUUAAAUACGCUCCAUGAAAGCCAAUAUGAUGCAGCCAAAGCCCUGCAGUGUCUGGUGAAGAAACCUGUUCCAAAACUCAUUGAGAAAAGCUGGUCAGAAGAUGAAGUGAAACGGUUUAUCAAAGGUCUCAGACAGUAUGGCAAAAACUUCUUUAAGAUCCGUAAGGAGCUGCUGCCUAGUAAGAAAACGGGUGAGCUAAUCACAUUCUACUACUACUGGAAGAAAACUCCUGAAGCCGUGGCAGCACGACCUCAUCGGCAGCAGAGAAGGCAGCCAGUGUCUCGCAAAGUGAAAACUCGCAACGCGACCGCUGCAGCCAAUGCAACAUCUCGCACUUCUUCCAUGGAACUUAGUUCAGCGAGUGAAGAUGAUCUGGAUAGUGAAGAUAGUGAGCAGGGUGGCAAAGGUCAAGCCUGCAGUCACUGUCUAACCACUAGCUCCAAAGACUGGCAUCAUGGAGGGAGAGACAAUGUCUUGCUGUGCUCUAGUUGCCACUCUCACUUCAGCAAGCAUCGGCGCCUGCCACCUGUUCCUAAACCAGCAGAUCCGCCCUACCUCUUCAAACCUGUCAAAGAAGAGGAAGAGGGAGUCAGACAUGGGAUGAAGACCCGUCGGAGCCGGGUGCCAUCACAUAUUUCAUCUCUUCGAAGUGGGCGCAACAGACCAACCGGAAGUCCCGAGAGGGACAUGUCUCCCACCCUCGAGGAUGUGCGAUCUAAUGGACAGCCCCCCAGAGCCAGUUCCACUGCGAUGGCAACCAGGGCUUCCAGCUCCGAUAUCAAGAAUGGAGUGGCUGGGAAGACUAACAAGAAGAUAAAAGUAGAGGCAUCUAUAGAAAAGGGUGUGAAAAGACAGAGAGAGUCAGCAGCUCCGGAUGCAGAUGAGCCUGAAAGAAAAAACAUGAAACGACCCAAGAAUCAUGAGGGUCCUGAUUCUCCAUCAGAAGGUGAGGGUGAAGGCGAGAGCUCAGAUAGCCGCAGUGCCAAUGAUGAUGGCAGCAGCGACACUAAAGACAUUGAUCAGGACAACCGCAGUUCUUCCCCCAGUCUGGCAAGUCCCCUGCAGGCCAACGAAAGUGACUCGGACUCCCCAGCACCACCCCCUGCACCAGGCUCAACCCCACAAACCCAACCCCAGCAGCCUGCUGCUACACCCACAACACAUGCCCCCUCUGAAACACCACCAUCUCCUCAGCCCUCUUUGCCUGAAUCCUCAUCUGCCCCUUCACCUGGAGCUUCUACCGCCAUCUCGAAGGCACCAUCCCUAGAGGUUUCCCAGGAGGUUUUAUCUCCAACCACUUUCAGAAGCGGUCCCAGGGGACCCGAAGCCCCCACCUCUUAUUCAAACUCCUCGUCUCAGCAGGUGCAGUGUCCAGGGCAGGGGCAGUCAUUUCCUGUGCCGCUCAAUUAUCAGCACAAUUCAGGUCAGCUGCAGAAUCCUUCAUCCGGCGUGAAUCCUCCAUCAGGGUUUGCUUCCAGACCACUCCACCUUCAAAGAGAGAGCCCUCUUCCUCCUCUUCCCUCUACAGCAGCAUCCCAAAUCAAGCCCCCUCCGACCACUCCAAUUCCACCUUCUCACAAGCCGCCCCCUCACCUUUCUGCACCUCCACCCCAUUUCCUGCAGAUCCAUCCCAAUUUGCCUCCACCUCCUGCUCUAAAGCCUCUUGCUUCCUUGCCCUCACAGCACUUGCCUUGUUCCCAGCCUCCUCCGUUGCACAUAAUUCCACAAAAUCACCCCGCUCAACCUUCAGUUCUGACUCAGUCACAGUGCCAGCAGGUCAAAGGUCAUUCCAGUGGUGCCCCUCCAACUGCAUCGAGUUCUCAACCAUUGCUCCCACAAAAUCGUCCUGCUCCUGAGUCCACUGCUUCAUUUCCUCUUUACACUUCUCCUGUCCCUGCCCAUCAGCCUUCCACUUCCUCCUCAGCAAGCACUCCUGUUGGACAGGCUCAUAUUAAAGAGGAACCGAUUGAUGAGGAGGAAGAGUGUGAUAGCCCACCUCCGCCUCGCAGGAGUCCCUCUCCAGUACCAACAGUGGUUGAUAUACCCAGUCAUGCAAGUCAGUCAGCAAGAUUCAUCAAACACCUCAGCCGAGGUUACAACUCUUGCUCUCGCACAGACCUGUACUUCACCCCACUGGCCUCCUCAAAACUGGCCAAAAAACGAGAGGAAGCUGCUGAAAGAUCUAGAAGAGAAGCAGAGCUGAGCGCUCGACAGGGACGGGAAAGAGAAAGAGAAAGAGAGCGUGAGAGGGAGAGAGAAAGAGAGCGGGAGCGAGAAAGGGAGAGAGACUCUGAUAAAGCCUCUCGUGCGUCAAGCUCAUCACACGAUGGCCGAAUAGGUGAACACCUGCUUGCUGCCCAUGUGCAACCAGGCCGUCCAUCAUUCGAACCUCCAACCACUGUGGCUGCAGUCCCACCAUAUCUCGGCCCUGACACUCCAGCCCUCCGCACACUCAGCGAGUACGCCCGCCCCCACGUCAUGUCACCCAGCAACCGCAACCAUCCUUUCUUCAUGCCGCUUGGGCCAGGUGAGCACCUUCUGGCUUAUCACAUGCCAGGGCUGUACGCAGCAGACCCAGCCCUUCGAGAGCGAGAGCUUCGUGAGCUUCGAGAGAGAGAGAUCCGAGAAAGAAUGAAGCCUGGAUUUGAGAUAAAACCGCCAGAGCUUGAGAACCCACUUCAUCCGUCGGCAAAUCACAUGGAGCAUUUUGCCCGCCAUGGUGCCCUGCCUCUGCCUCAUGUGGCUGGGCCUCACCCCUUCGCUCAGUUCCACCCAGCCAUGGACCGCAGCAUAGCGGCACCCCCUCGGCCAGAAAUCAGCUAUGCUGAGCGUUUGACAGCUGAACGGCUUCAUGCUGAAAGGAUGGCCUCUGUUGCUGCUGGUGACCCUGUUGCACGGCUACAGAUGCUCAACGUUACACCACACCACCACCAGCACUCACAUAUACACUCCCAUCUUCAUCUGCACCAACAGGACCUUCUCAACCAAGGUGAGAACUUAUUUAGAUCACAUUUUUUUCAAGAAAGUAAAUGGAAAUAUCAAUGUAUUUGUCUUUUAGCCCAAGGGCCUCAUCCUCUGGUGGACCCAUUGGCUGCUGGCCCCCCUCUGGCACGAUUCCCCUACCCACCUGGAGCCAUCUCCAACCCCCUACUCAGUGAGUUACCCAAUGAGCAUGAAAUGCUCCGCCACCCUCUGUUUGGAACACCAUUCCCCAGAGAGUUACCAGGACCCCUGGCUCCGAUGUCAGCUGCGCAUCAGUUGCAGGCAAUGCAGGCACAGUCAGCAGAGCUGCAGAGGCUGGCCCUGGAGCAGCAGUGGCUACAUGGACAUGCACACUUACAUAGUGCUCCUCUCCCCAGCCAAGAAGACUACUACAGCCGUCUGAGGAAAGAGGGAGACAAGCAGUCCUGAAAUGAACAAAUCCUCUACUGUGGAUUACAGAGUGAUUCUGUGUUAAGGGUAUCAGGGCUUUUAUUUCAGAAAAUCCAGUGUGGGUUUAUCCCUGUUUUGGCACUUAUAAACGGUUGACCGAAUCAUUUGUGCUGUAUGAAAUAACUAGCCUUUUGGAGCACAGUGAAUUUGCUUUCCUUGCAUGAACACUAUUUAGAAAUUUCUGUAAUUUAGAAGUUUCUGUAAGAAAUUAAAUUCCCACGUAAUAUUGUUAUUGUGCUGAAAGCACAGUACUGUAGAUUUACUAAGUAUUUGAAAAGUGCUGUCCAAUAUCCAGAGUUUAUCACAAUUUAGUGUCAAUGUUUUGCUGAAACAUUGGUUUUAAGAUUGUAAAUAUGUUUGAAAUAAUAUAUUAACUGUUGAAAUGUAAAAGUUGCAAUGAUAGAUUUGGAUACAAAAACUUCAGAUGAUCUGUGUGCAAGAAGUGCAUGCUUUCCAUUCUCUAUCCUUCCCUUUCUAUGUCAGCCUCUUCAUCUAUACCUCAGUGAGCUCAUCGUUAUACAGUAAAGCCUACCUGUAGUAAACUCCACAACACCUUAUUUUAUUGAGCAAUUUAACUUUUUUUGAUUUUAAUAAUGUAGACCAAAUCUAGGCUGAGUAUUAGCAUUAUGAUUGUAAUGUUGAUCCUUCCCUGUCUGGAAACAGAGCUUCUCCAGCUCUGCAGAACAGCCGCUUCACUGCCAUGGACAGACAUAUGAUGCUGUGGAAGACUGAUCAGGCCAACAGUCACCUGCUUGAAGUGUUUACAGGCAUGCUUAAGGACACAAUCUGAUAGAGGAGGUCAGUUUCUGGGCCCUCCCUACUUGGCACAGAAGUUUAGGAAGUUCAUUUAUGGAGAGGUACUGUACCUGCAGUUAGCAAUAAAAUGCAUAUGGUAUAUUUAAUGGUAUCAUCAAUACCAGCUUUAAUUAAACAACCAGGCUACUGUUUAGUAAGUUACAUUUUCAUAGGCAGGCUGGUUGGGAAAGAGCACAGCAUUUUCACAAUAAGAUGAAAUUCAUUAUACAAUACAAGUGUAUUGUUGUGCACUACUAUUAAUUGGUAAAAUAAUAGAAAUCGUGAAAUGUAGUGCCAUUGUUUUGUAUGUGUUGAACCAGACAGUUGAUGAGUGUUAUCUGUUAAUGCCGUUAUUGUGGAAAUUUGAUGGGUCCCUUUUUCCAAAACUGCCAAAAAGUCAUUAUUUUCUUUGAAUUAGUACAAAACAUUUGUACUAGCAUUAUAUAAAGUAUAUGGAUAUUUUUAAUGGGAAAUAUAUUCAAAUUUUUAAUAUCCAUGUCUUUAUGUAUAUUUGUCUGUACAUGCACAGUGUUGUCUGAUUGCAAUUACCUUAUAGUUGGACAUUUCAAAGAUGAAUGCAUGAUUACAAACAGCUCAAAUAAUUUUUGCUCUUCUUUUAACAUGUCAUAUGAACAUAGUCAACUCGGCUCUUUUCAUUUUUUCAUCAGUACAUUUUCUUUUAGUAAUAAAUUCAUUCGUUUUUUUUUUGUAAGCAUAUUUUCUUGAGGCUGUUUCAUAUACACUUAAUACACUGACAUCAGUCUUUGCUUAUGUGUGAUCGAAAUAUUUGACACUCAGAAUCAGUCAUAUUUUUCUGGCACUUUCUGAUACCUCCUUAACUUCCAACUAUAUUUUAUGUGCAAAUUUAUAUUCUUCAUGAAAUGUGCUCAAAUCUGAUUCUUCACUGAAAAACUAUAUUAAUUAUUAUUAUCAAAAAUGUUUUUUAAAGCUUUGGCUGCAUGAUGUUUUCACAUUUAAUAGAUGCAUCUAGAGUGAUGAUCAUAGAAAUGUUUUUUAUAUGUACACUGCAAAACGGUUUACUUGUUAGUUACAUAAAUAUGUAUAGCACAGCUUGAGUCCUGAAUAUAACUGACGCAAAACUUAACAGUUUUUUUUUUUUGGUCCAUAUCAAAAUAAUAUUUAAAGCAAUAUAUGUCUUCUAACUGAACAAGUGUUUGUAUGGAAAACAACAACUAAUGUUUCCUCCUUUGCUUUGUAUGCUUUUCUUUAACAAAAUUGUCCUUUGAUAAGUUAUUUAUUGAUUGAACACCUAUUUUGUAACAUGAAUAUGUUAAACAUGAAAAUAUCAGACUGUUAGUAAAUAUGGAAUACAAUCUAAUAUGUGUAUUUACUAAAGUGUUUGUUGUGGAUUUGUGCAAAAUGAACCCUUUUCCUGUACACUGGCCCCUUGUGAGAAAUCCUCAGAAAGCUCUAAUAUUAGAUUUUUAUGGUUCAUCCUUCUUUUACUUAUCGCCGCAAGUACUGGAUGGCAGAGAUCACACUCAUGUUUGCCAGAAGAGCUGAAAAAUAAUAGAGGGAAAAACGAUCAUGUUAAUUUUGUGUGCUCAUAUUAUCUGAAUAAAUUGCCUAAUUUAAUAUGUAA